GUGGAAAAGAAAAUCAGCUCCCAUUCGGAAAUUGGAGGUGACGGUGGUUUAGAGGAAAGUUUCAUUCUUUGGUCAGAAUUCUAGAUAGAGCAGGUCUUCUUUCCGAUUUCCGACUUCUUCAUUCGUUUCCAUGAUCGCAUUUGGAUUUUCAUGAUUGGAUUUAUACCGGAGUUGCUUGCAGUUUCUUUGAGCUGUUUGAACGAGAUUUCAGAUUACUCGAGAUUUUCAUUUCUUUUGAUUUCAUUUAUAUCCAGUGUUCAUUGAAUUCUGUUAUAAUUGCGCUGAUUAGGCGGAGGUUAUUGGCGUGUGCUUCAUCCUUUCUAAACUGAAUUGUUGUUCUUCUAGAACUUCGAGCGAUUGUUGAACAAAAGAGCUUGCUUGUAUCGGGGUUUCUUAUUCUUUUUUACUUUAGCUGAUGAGUGAAAGUUUUUAUGAACAUGGAACUUAUUCAUGAGAGGAUGAACAGAGAGAGAGGGGGAGAAGUAGAAGAGGAAAUGGAAACAAUGCCACUAACACAUACUAAUAUUGGGGAGAAUAAUGAUUUUCUGGUGCGUUGUUCGGGGGCUGUGAGAGUGAAAGCAUAUAUUUUUGAUGGAGAAGGGGGCUACUUCAACAAGGAAUGGGAUUUGUCAGAGGGUAGAGGGAAAGAGUUUUGUUGGUACCAUGUGGAACUUCCUAAGCUGAACCACAAGAUUUCGCAAUCUGCACAGUAUCUUAUUGAUGUUCUCUGCCCUCCAUUGAAGCUCCAAGACAUUCUGUCCCUCGUUAGCAACGGACCCUUUUGUGGGCAUGUUGAUGGUGCUCUUGUCUUUAGGGUAAAUUCACCUGGUCCUGCCAUGAGUAAAUUUACGUUUAGAAUUUCUGCAAGAGUCACUGAGCAUUCAGUGAUCACUGUUUCGUUGGGUCGUCUGCCAAGAUUAGGUUUCUCUCCCGUGAAUGAUUCUCUUCUUUCAGAGGUUCCGGUUGUGGAAAGUCCUAGUCAUAAUAGCACGGAACAAAGGGAAAGAAGCGGGAUUGUGAUCAGAGAGCAUUUUCUUGAUUUUCUACUGACAAUGAAUCACUCCGAGGAAGCUGAUAAUCCCGUUCCUAAAUCAGUGUCAAAUCUUGUUGUUCACUUCAUAGACACACAUGUGGAUCAGCUUCAAGAUGUUGUGACAAAUCUCGAGCUUGAGUUAGAUACAGUGGAGUUGGAGUUGGAUAGAGGUGGAUCAGCUCUAAAGAAACAAAUGCUGGAUGAUAGAAGAUUUCCAAAAAUGCAUCUUGACUUACAACGUCUCUUGCAGGCAAUUGCACAUGGAGAGCAAGUAUUUCUGCGAGUCAAGGAGAAGUGCUCUUCAAAAGAUUGGUUUGCCCACGAAGACAUCGUCUCCCUGGAAGAGUUAAUUGGUCGGCUUAGGAGACUGAAGGAGAAUGUUGGGUUCAUAGCCAAUCGUGUUACAGCAGUGCAGGCUGGUCUUGACAGUUGGCAGUCUGCCCAAAUUAAUAGGAGACUGUAUUACCUCUCCUUCCUUUCCAUAAUAUUUCUUCCUUUAUCAGUUAUAACUGGAGUGUUUGGGAUGAACGUUGGAGGAGUUCCUUGGACAAACCAAAAGCAACCAGAGUUGCAGGAUGGCUUCCGAAAUGUCAUGCAACUCUGCCUUGCUAUGUUACUGUUUCUCCUUCUGUGCUUUCUUUUCCCGUCUCUUUAUAACAAAAUAAUGGCCUGGAGACGAAAGCAGGCUAUGAAAAGAAGUUGGUCUAUUAACCAAAGAUCUUUUGUUAAAAGAGGAACUGGAAGUGCAGAAAGAGCCACCAGAAAAGAAGGCUACCUGCGGCUACACUAGGAUCAAACUAUCAAAGACAUUGGCACUCAAAAUUUGUACUGUGAAAAAACUUGUUAACAGCCUGAGAAUGGAGACCUCAUGGAUCAGAAAAGGCUUGCUGAGGACCAGGAACCAAUCAAGUUUCAAGAUCAGUGACUAUUGUGUUUAGUUGUGUAAAUCUAGCAUUGGAAGAACCAUGAAGUUGGUGAUAAAGAUUAAAUUUUUAACCAAUAUCUAGAGGCUAGAGCAUUCCACCUAUAAGAAUCAUAAAUAGAUAAUCAUUAUAUUUCAAAUUUCUUUUAUUCGUUUAUUGAAACGUUAUAAUAAUUGCAAAAUGAUACUACC